AAGUAACAAUUUCUUUUCAGUAUGUCAAGUUUAGAAAAAGAGAUGGAAAAAGGCAUAGGAGGGGAAGAAUUAGAAAUAUCUAUGUCAAAAAUUGAAACAAAGGCAGCGAUGGCAGAAAAUAUAAUCUUAAAAAAAAGUAAAAAAAUUAGAGCAAAAAUUAGAAGUAGCGAAAGCACAGCAGCCACCACCAUCACUACCGCCACUGCCACUGUCAACAGCAGAAUCUUUACAAUCAAAGUCGGAGAAGACAACAUCAACAUCAAAGUCGCUCAGCCAACAUUGGAGGUUUCAGCAUCCACAUCCAAUUUAGAACCAUCAUCGCUGCUAUCAAUAAAUGAUGAUCAAAAAAUUGUUCACCGUCAAGAAAAAGUAAUCAUACAACAACCACCUAGAUGGAGGAGAAUGGGACAAAACCGCGGACGAGGCCGCGGGCGAGGCCGCAGGCGAGGCAAUGGGCGAGGCAAUGGGCGCCAAAACGUGUUCUGUAUUUACUAAUUAUGUGUGAUAGAGCUUUUUUUUAUUACAUUUUAUUUUUUUUAUUUGAUUAGAGAUUUUUAUUUUUUUUAAUUAUAUGUAUACAUACACAUAUAACAUUUCAUAUAUCAUAUGUAAUAUUUCCAAGUUGGGAGUAUAUUUUUCUUUAAUAUAAGUUUUCUUAAUAUAUAGUGAAUUAAAUUUAUUUUGUUUUCAAAGUUAAGAUUGUAUAUUAUAUAUGAAAAUAAUCAUUUAUUUUGCGUUAUACAUUUCCAAGUUGGGAAUAUACUUUUCUUUAAUAUAAGUAUUCUUAAUAUAUUGUAAGGUUACACCUUACCCGCGCCAUUUAUUUAAGACUGCGUGCGCAUUCAGGCAGACGUCUGCGCGAACGCAAUGACGUCACGAUGAUGAAAGCGUUACUAUUGGUUAAGGAGGAACUGGCGAUCGGCGCUGCCGGUUCGAGUGGUAGACACGCGAAGGAAGAAUGUGAAUGCGUGCUAAGCCUUCCGCGCGUUAAGAAGCUCUAAGCUACUUUCGGUUAGAUACCGCUAGUAAGAGUUCGCGUGUUUGUAACAACGUUAUAUUGUGUUUCACAAAUAUACAUAUAUUUAUACAGCAUACAAACGCUGUAGUUCUUAAAUAAUCCAUGCUGGAAAACCUCCCGUUAUUUAAGCCUCUCUUAAUCCUGACAUUCAAGAGAUCUCUUUAUCCUGGAUAACCUUCCAGUGGAUCCUUACAAUAU